UUGAUCAGACACGGUGCUGACAUUAAUCGGGCAGAUGGAGCAGGUAACACACCGCUUCAUGUCGCGAUACAAUUUGGAAACGCGUCGAUCGUUUCGAGACUUUUGUCGGCGGGCGCGGAUGUAAACGCGAAGACUAUUGCUAAUCGCAACACGCCCCUGCAUAGAUUAAGAGCUUGCUCAGAUUCGGCGGCUAUAGAAUGUGCCAUGCUGUUGAUCAAUGCCGGGGCCCGCGUCAGUGAACCCAAUUAUCGAGGAAGAACGGUUCUUUUUCAUGCUGUUAGACGAGGUCGC